CCAGAAACGAGCCGAAGCACAAGCUAAUGCUGCAAACAAAGGGAAAUUGGGAUCUCAGCUAGCGGCGCAGAAGGCCCAGACGCAUUCUCAGACUCUGGUCGAAGCUAGUCGGACAGAAAGAGCUGCGCGGGAUGCAGAUAAUGUCGCCCAGGCUCAGAGGUGGGAGUAGUUAGUCUUCUCUCCCUUGAUGAUGAUGAUUAUCCAUGUAUUGCUUUUUUUUUCAUAUCGUUCCGUUUUAUUUUGUUUUCCAGGUAAAAAAGAAUACCCCCCCAUGUCCUGUCUCCAAUCAAUCAGACAGGUCCCAUCUGAUCAUGUAUGUAUGUACAGUACUUUUGAUUUUUUUUUUUUUUCUUUUAGAAAUUCCUAGCUGGCGUUGUUUGGGAGGUGGGCGCUCAGCAGACUUCGAGCCAGAUGACUUCUUUACAUUACAUAGACCAUCAGAUGGGCGUUUCGCGUCUUCUUUGUUAUUCGUUCCUGGUGACGGUGUCAUCCUUGCGGUUUGCGCGUUGGGAUUCCGUGAGGCAGAUCUGACUUACAUGGUGCGAUGAUGAACAUUGCAUUGGGAUAUUGUUGACGUGUUUAGAUUCGAGAGAGCAUAGGAUAAUAUAGCACUUCUGUCUUUUUUUUUUUAACUCAGCAGGAAUA